UAACAUACCCCCCUCCAAUCUGUGCUGAAGUGUCUUUGAAAGGGGCAAGGAAAAGGGGGGUCGUGGCUUAACAUUAUAAAGGAAAAAAAAAAAAUAAGACAGCAUCGCUUUCUCGCUGUUUGAAUCCGCUGUCUUGACAAGCUUUUGUUAGACUAAAAAAUACAUAACGCAGAAGGAGAAGAGGAUCUAGACGAGCUGUUUCUGAAUAGCAUUGGGUUUUUUUUUUUGUUUGUUUGUUUGUUUUUUUGGGUUUUUUAUUUAUUUUUUUACCAAUUCUUUUAAAUAAAAACAAACAAAAAAAUAUGUAUAUAUAAAUACCUAUAUAGGCUACAGUUUAUUCGUUCCACGUGAAAAUGAAACUUUUGCCUUUUUGUACUUGGUUGCCGUGUCUCUUGGUGUUCAGCUUGUGUCUGGGCUGCGAGUGCGGCGCUCUGAGGCGGACGGGCUGGUCUAAGAGAGACUUGGUGCGCGCGAGGGAGGCUGGCGGAGUCUCGCCCGGAGCGUGCGGCACGCGGCUGCCGCGGGGCAAGCGCUCUGUAUCCGGACCGGAGCGACUGGCGGGCCGCCUGCACGCGCGUUUCAGUCAGCCGGGAGACACUGCGAGCACAGCGCUCGGCCGCAACAGUGUUUACUUCAGCGGCAGAGAUCAACUGCGGCUUAAACCAAGCGUUGAGGUUCCGCGCGGUAAUUUCACCCUGGAGAUGUGGAUAAAACCUGAGGGUGGUCAACGCUCUCCAAGUGUGAUUGCAGGACUCUAUGACAAAUGCUUCUAUGCAUCCUGUGAUCGAGGCUGGUUACUAGGCAUCAGACCAGUGAGUGAUCACGGGAACAGGGACCCUCGUUUCUUCUUCUCCCUCAAAACAGACCGAGCGCACAAGGUUACCACAAUCACUUCCAAUGCUCCCUACUCCCCCAACCACUGGCACCAUCUGGCUGUCACCUACAAUGGCCUCCAUAUGAAACUCUACCUAAAUGGGGCUCAAGUGGCUGUAAGCCGAGAGCAAUCCGGUGAGGUCUUUAGCCCCCUUACCAAAAAGUGCAAGGUGCUAAUGAUAGGUGGCAAUGCUCUCAACCACAAUUACAGAGGGACACUGGAGCACCUGAGCCUAUGGAAAGAAGCUCUGGCCCAGCACAAGAUUAUCCAGUACAUACAGAGCCCUCAACAUGAGUACCAUGAUGACCUUUCCCAACUGGUCAUUUACGAGAACUUUGAAAAUGCAUCUUGGAAGUGGAUGACAGUGAAAGACGGGAGCUUUCCCCAGAUGGGGAUUUCUGACCGCACAUUGACGGCUGAUCUUGGUGGCUCUGUGGAAACGGCACUGGUUCCUCCACCAUGUGGACAGACAAUCUGUGACAAUGUGGAGGUAGUGACAAACUACAACCGCUUAUGGACAUUCCGCAAGCCUAAGACGGUACGCUACCGAUUGGUGAAUGUGUAUGAUGAUGAUGGUCACUGGCCAACAGUUACAGAGCACCAGAUCAACCUCCAGCACCAGCAUCUAAACAAAGCUUUCCGCAUCUACAACAUCACCUGGGAGCGCACCGUCCACAAUGUCUACAACUCCUCCUUACGCAACCGCCUGGUCCUGGCUAACUGUGACAUCAGCAAAGUGGGCGACGAGGAGUGUGACCCAGAAUGCAACCAUACACUAACUGGUUUUGAUGCUGGCUACUGCAGAAGGCAAACCAUAAGCUGUCCUGAGCACAAAAUAGGGAACAAAAUUUGUGAUCCUGAGUGUAACUGGGAUAAUUUCAACUAUGACCAGGGUGACUGCUGUGACCCCAACAUCACUGAUGUCACGAAAACCUGCUUUAAUCCUGCAUCACUCUACAGGGCCUAUUUGGAUGUGAAGGAGUUGAAAGAGAUUUUGCACCUGGAUGGCUCUACACACCUUAACAUCUUUUUUGCCAAUGCCACUGAUGAAGACCUAGCAGGUGAAGCCACAUGGCCUUGGGAUAAAGAUGCCUUAACACAUUUAGGUGGGAUCGUGCUGAAUCCCUUGUUCUAUGGCACAUUUGGCCACACACAUACCAUGAUCCACGAGAUUGGCCACAGCCUUGGACUGUACCAUGUCUUCAGGGGGAUUUCAGAAAUAGAGUCAUGCAAUGAUGCCUGUCUGGAGACAGAACCCUCAUUUGAGACUGGGGACCUGUGUGCCGAUACAAACCCCACACCAAAGUACAAAUAUUGUAGAGACCCGGAGCGUGGAAAUGACACGUGUGGCCAGCGACUCUUCAAGCACACUCCAUUUCGAAAUUAUAUGAGUUAUGCUGAUGACGUCUGCACAAAUUCCUUUACAAUGAACCAGGUGGCUCGGAUGCAUUGCUAUUUAGAUCUGAUCUACCAGUCCUGGAGGACUGAGAGUAAGCCAGCCCCAGUUCCUCUAGCUCCUCGACUGAUGGAGCAAGGGCAAGACUCUCUCACCCUGGAAUGGUUCUCCGCACUUACUGGUCAUUACUUUGACAGAGAAGUGGGAUCCUUAUGUGACAGAUGCACUGAAGGCCGAGUGUUCCUGCAGUACGCCUCAAACUCAUCCUCCCCAAAACCCUGCGCGCCAUCAGGACACUGGAGCCCACGUGAGGCCGAGGGUUCACCAGACGUGGAGCAAGUGUGUGAACCCAGUGUGCGUACCUGGAGUCCCCACGCUGGCCUUGACUCAAGUAGUGUGGGCUCUGCUUCAUGCCCUCAACAAGGCUGCAUGCUCCACCUGAACUUCACCUACCCACUUGUGCCAGAUUCACUCACCGUCUGGGUCACAUUCUUCUCAGCAGAAGAGAGUGACCUGUUUGCCAUCCACAACAUCCUACUACUGACACUGAGUGGCAACAAUGUGUCUCUGGGUCCACAGAGCAUCUUCUGUGACAUGCCACUGACACUGAAGCUGGUUGUGGAUGAGGAAGUGUAUGGCGUUCAGUUCUUCACUAUGGAUCAGCACCUGGAGAUCGACGCCACGCUGAUGGCCUCCAAACCAGGGCAUGUGCUCUGUCAGGCAUGCCAGCCCCUGCAUUAUAGGCUGACACGGAGACCGCCUUUCAGUGAUGCACCUCAUGGGGUGGUGUUCAUGGAGCCCAUGAGGAGAUUUAUAGACAGGGAUAUAGUGGCUGGUGAGACGUACACCUAUCAUGUGCUGACUGUUUCCAAAACAGCAGAAAGUGAGCCAUCUCCCGCUCUCAUACAUCAGCUGGGCUCACCGUACUGUGGAGACGGACUCAUCCAAAAUUAUCUGGGGGAGCAGUGUGAUGACAUGAACUUUGCCAAUGGAGAUGGCUGUUCCAACCAGUGCAAAAAGGAACCUUUGUUUAACUGUAUUGAUGAGCCCAGUCUUUGCUACUUCUAUGAUGGUGACGGUCUUUGUGAGGACUUUGAGCGGGAGACAAGUGUGAGGGACUGUGGGCUCUACACACCCAGUGGUUUCCUGGACCAGUGGGCCACAGGGGUGGAGGUUUCCAAUGAGCACAGAGUACAUUGUCCUGCAGAGGUGGCUGCUGGGUAUCCUGCUGUGACAAAGAGCUGUCUGUCGAAGGUGUUUGACCUGUCUGAUGGUGGGGUGUCUCAGUAUGCCUGGUUUCCAUGUGAGGAAUCACAGCGGCACAGCUGGAAUACGCAGUACAGGUUAAAGGCAUACUAUUCCCACCCCAUGGUAGCUGCUGCUGUCAUUAUUCACCUGGCCGCAGAUGGGACCAUCUACAGUGAUCAGACUCAGAGCAAUAUCACCAUCCAGCUGGUGGACACCAAGGAGCAGCUCCAUAAUCUUGGCGAAUGGCGGUUGAGUUGCAGGAACAAUCCUUUAGUGAUCCCUGUGAUUCAUGACCUGAGCAUGGCUUUCUACAGGACCAAGGCUAUUGUGGUGAACUUCCGAUCAGCUCUGGUGGCCAUUUCUGGAGUUGGUCUACGUUCCUUCCAGUAUUUCGACCCAAUCACAAUUAGUGGCUGUCAAAGCAAUGAGAUCUAUAAUCCCAUGGGCCAAAGUUGUGUGCAUUACUCAUGUGAUGCCAUUGACUGCCAGAAGCCUAUGGUGCAUAACGCAGAGGUGAAGUGCAGCAGUCCGGGUUACUUCAAUGGUGUCCGCUGUACAGUCACCUGCAACCGUGGAUACACCCUCAAGACCCAUAGAGAUGACGAAAUUAUCAAAACACAGUCGGACUCUAUGGCCACCCUCACUUGUGCUGAUGGGAAAUGGAACAAACAGGUGUCCUGUGAGCCAGUGGACUGCGGACGCCCAGACAAGUAUCACGUGCACCCGGCUAACUUCAGCUUCACUGAGGGCACCACUUAUGGCAAGAAGUGCACUUUCCAGUGUAUGCACCCAGCACAGCUGAUAGGCAGCAAUAAUGUGCUGACAUGUAUGGAGGAUGGCAUGUGGUCCUUCCCAGAGGCUAUGUGUGAGCUGCGCUGUCCCAUGCCUCCUUCCAUCCCCAAUGCUAUCCUGCAAACCAAACGCUGCAAUGCCAGUGGUCUCAAAGUUGGCUCUUUCUGCAAGUACAAAUGCAAGCCAGGCUACCAUGUGCCUAGUGCUGACAACCCCAAAAGACGGUCGUUCACAAGACAGUGUACGGAGAAUGGUACCUGGCAACUGGGCAUGUGUGUGCCAGUGGCGUGUGAGCCACCACCACCAGUCUUCCAUGGCAGCUACGAAUGUACUAAUGGCUUCCAGUUCAAUAGCGAGUGCUGGCUGAUCUGUCCCGAGGCCAAUCACAUGACAACCUCCACCACUGUGAUUCGCUGUAGAAAGGACGGGAACUGGACUGGCUCUUUCCAGCUCUGUCCCCAGCUAAAAGGCCAAUGCUCCCUCCCUCAGAACCUGAGCUCGGACAUUAGCCUCAGCUGCAGCAGGGGGCAUGGCAUCGGAGAGCAAUGUGAGCUGACAUGCAGAGACGCUGGUAGCAGUGUGGUGCUCCUCCCAACGAAUAUGACUGUGGAUGCCUUAGUGAAAGACCACUGGAGAAACCCACCCAAAGUUCAGAGUAUUGUAUGCACAAUUGUACUGAAGUGGUAUCCAAGCCCAGAGAUUCUCCAUUGCAUAAAAGGUUGUGAGCCUUUCAUGGGUGAUAACUACUGUGAUGCCAUCAACAACCGAGCAUUCUGUAACUAUGAUGGUGGAGACUGCUGUCAUUCUACUGUCAAAACUAAAACGGUGAUUCCAUUCCCCAUGUCAUGUGACACCCGAGAAGACUGUGCAUGUCGAGACCCCAAUGCACAGGAGAACAAUAAAGGAAUUCGGCACCGUACACUGGGCUGAGGCCGGGCCACUGGAGGUCCUCUUGGUACCCAACAGGGGAAAAACAAUAAAACAAAAAACCUUUCUCUCUCCAUGCUGCUUACUAGAGGGCCAUUCCACUCAUGCUGUACCCUGACAUGCCUGCCAAUGAGCCCUUGCCCACUAUGGUAUGCCGCUCAACAAGCAAAUGACACACUACAAUAUAUAAUGUUAAAUAGGUUUCAAUUAUGGACAGAAAGUGCAGAAUUUUAGGAACCAGCUCAAUAAAAAAUAAAACAACCAGAGACGUCAUCAGCAGAAGCUGGACACAGGCCCCAACUUGUCAGUUUAUUGUUUUCUAUUCCCUAGUAUUUGUAAGGCACAACUGCAGCUAAGCAUUUAGAAAGCAACACAAAGAAAACAUUUUCAUGCUCUCAUUGUUUUUGUUUUUGUUUUUUGUUUUUUUUUGGAGAGAAACCAUUCAUUAUUAAUAUGACCAAUGAAAAGCAAGAAAGGAAAGAUGAGAAACACCAUCAUUCUUCGAAAUUUCAAAGCUGGCACUACAGAGAAAUCACUUAAGCUAUUCAUAAAAAUUCUCCCACCCAUGUCCUUCAGUUUCCCACUGAUGUGUUUAACAACAAAUGAUCUGCUACAGCAUAGGAAAAGUAAAAUCCUCUUUAAAGAAGACUAGCACUUCCGAGGCAUUUUGACAAAUGUUUUUCAAGAGCCAAAAGCAGCACUGAGCUGCGUGAAACAUAGGAACCAUGAGGUGUCUCUCCACAAUGGAUUGGAAGAUGCUGAGGGAAGCAAUAAAUCAACAAAAGAAACCUACAAAUCACCAAGAAAUAUGCACAUCUGAAUCUGAAAAGUAUCAACUUUUUUUAUUUGCAUUUUCUUGAAUGAAUGCCUCUUUCAAAUGAGUGUGUAAUUGAGAGCAAGGGAUCAAUAAUAAGAGAAGAAGGGUUAAAAGGGUGAUAACAAGCAGAAAGCACAGCUGUUGCUGCUAGAUUUCCUGCUUGGGCCAUGCAGGCAGAUAUCGCUGCAGAGUGUGCAUACAGUUUGCUCUCCAUCUUACCUCCUGCCAUAAUGCAGCUAUAUACAGUACAUUUAAAGGUAUUUUUGAAAGCUUACACAACUCUGACACAUGUUUAGAUACUGCAUUUAUCAGACUGUAGGACUUACAUAUAAGAUUUAUGGACUAUAUUUACAUAUUUGGCCUUCUAACAACUUAUUUAACAAAACAUUUGUUUUAACAACAAUCAUACAUAGAAAAAUCCAGUACUGUCAUAGUAAUCAUAAUUUACAAAAUUGUCACCAAAGUAAAACUUGCAUGAUCAACUUAAGAGACAUGCUGCUAUGAGACCUGCUGACUGAUAGUGUUGUGCUGAGACACGCUAACAGUACUAACUGUGUGAGUACUUUUGCAUUUAGGUAUAUGCAAUAUGUCAAUCCUUUUUCAACAAUAUAGUUGUACUUUAUUUGACUGAGCCGGUUCAAAUGCUGAACAUUCAAUUGUAAUAAUGACAUCAGUAGUAAUUGUCACACCCUGACUAGCAUAGCCUCGCUAAUGUAAUAGCUUUCUGAGGUACAGUGCCCCCCACUAAUAUUGGCAUCCUUGGUAAAUAUGAGCAAAGAAGGCUGUGAAAAAUUAUCUUUAUUGUUUAACCUGUUGAUCUUUUGUUAAAAACAUUUCACAAAAAUACUGUGCUCUCAUGGAUAUCAAACAAUUGCAAACAAAACUAUCUUUUAAAAAAUAUCUUUGUUAAAUAUAGGUGUACAACAAUUAUUGGCACCCUUUGUGCUACCUCCCUUUGUCAAGAUAACAGCUCCGAGUCUUCUCCUAUAAUGCCUGAUGAGGUUGGAGAACACAUGGCAAGGGAUCUGAGAACAUUCCUCCAUGCAGAAUCUCUCCAGAUCCUUCACAUUUUGUGGUCCACACUUCUGGACUUUACUCUUCAGUUCACCACACAGGUUUUCUAUGGGUUUCAAGUGAGGGGACUGGGAUGGCCAUGGCAGGACCUUGACUUUGUGCUCAGUAAACCAUUUUUGUGUUGAUUUUGAUGUAUGUUUUGGAUCAUUGUCCAGCUGGAAGAUCCAACCAAGACCCAUUUUAAGCUUUCUGGCAGAGGCAGUCAGGUUUUCAUUUAAUAUCUGUUGAUAUUAGAUAGAGUCAAUGAUGCCAUGUAUCCUAACAAAAUGUCGAGGUCCUCUGGCAGAAAAACAGCCCCAAAACAUUAAAGAAUCACUAGCAUAUUUAACCAUGGGCAUGAGGUACUUUUCCAUAUGGCCACCUCUCUGUGUGCACCAAAACCACCUCUGGUGUUUAUUACCAAAAAGCUCUAUUUUGGUUUUAUUUGACCAGAGAACCCAAUCCCAUUUGAAGUUCCAGUAGUGUCUGGUAAAGUGAAGGCGCUUGAGUUUGUUUUUAGAUGAGAGUAGAGGCUUUUUUCUUAAAACCCUUCCAAGCAACUUGUGGUGAUGUAGGUGACUUCUGAUUUUAGUUUUGGAGACUUUGGAGACGCAACUAACUUUUGCAAUUCUCCAGCUGUGAACCUUGAAGAUUUUUUGGCCACUCUCACCAUCCUCUUCACUAUUGAGACAAUAUAGACACACGUCCAAUUCCAGGUUGAUUUUUUUUCCAGUUGAUUGGAACUUCUUAAUUAUUUUCCUGAUGGUGGAAAUGGGCAUUUUCAAUGCUUGUGCUAUUUUCUUAUAACCAUUUUCGCCGCACAUUACAGCUAUAUUUGACAUAUGUGUUAGCUCACAUUUGUACCCCUUUGAAACAGGAAUUCAUGGUUGAAGAAUUUCCUGUUCCCACUCAUCCAGGUGUACAAAAAAAAGUAAAAUAAAAAUUGGUGUCACGAUUUCCCCUCAUGUUAAGGGCUGGAGCACGCAACGCGCUCCGAAGCACAAGCACACGCUUCCAGGUUUCAGUGACACAGACUUUGUUUACUUAUGAUAUGUGUGUUUUGCUGUGAUUUCUGUCCUGUCUCUGCCCUUGUAUAGUCAUUGGCUGCUUCCCAUAUGUGUCAUUAGUCUCAGCUGUUUUGUGUUUCACCCCAAUUAUGUUUAGUACUUAAACCCCUAGUGUCUCUUUGUUCGUCGCAAAGUAUUGUGUGAGUGUACUCACCGUUCCAAGCCUUUGUUCAUCAUGUUCCGUUUCAAGUUUUUUGAUCUUGCAUUUAGUUUCUCCUUUUGUGGUUUGUCUUGCCUAGUUUAUGCCCAUUUGCCAGUCUCCUGACCUUUUGCCUGUUUUGGACCACGCUUUUGAUUCAGGAUUUGGAUUUGUCUGCCCGCAACAAUGGGAAUAUACUUCAAAUAUAUUUUUCUCAUAUGAAUUCAUAGCAUUUUUCACAGCCUUCGUUGCUCAUGUUUACCAAGGGUACCAAUAUUAGUGGAGGGCACUGUAAGCGUUUGACAGAAAAAACACAAAGUAAAACACAAAGAAUGUCAUGCAGAUGCCCCAUAAGUCUGAAUCUUGAGUUAACUAGAAUUAUCAUAAUAUGAAACCAGUGAAGGAAUGUAUAUCACAGUUUGCUUGGCACAAACGUAUAGAGGCAGUUACAAUAAGCAAAAGCAAAAGUGAACUGCUGGGUCUCAGCAUUAAACAUUACUUUAUCAUGUCUACAGUAACUUUUUUGUAAGGAUGUACAUUUUAUUCAUUCAUUCCUUCCUUCAUCCAUUCAUCUUCAUUAACCUCUUUAUCCUGGUCAGGGUUGCAGUGGAUCUGGAUCCUGUCCCAGCAACACUGGACAUGUGACAGGACUACACCCUGAAUGGGACACCAGUCUAUUCCAGGGCAAUAUGUUCACACUCAUUCACAAACUCAAUCACAUGGGCAAUUUAGCAUAGCCGUCCCACCUAUUGGCAUGUUUUGGAAAGUGGGAGGAGACCGGAGAAUGUGGAGGAAACCCAUGCAGACAUGAGGAAAACAUUAAAAACUCCACACAGACAGUAACCCAAGCUCAGGAUCAAACCAGGGACCCUGGAUUUGGGACUAAUGGCUAUAGUGACUAAUACGAUAGAACAACAACAAAAAUAAAUAAAUAUAUUUUCCUUCAAAAUAGGCAGAAUUUAUGAGGUGUCUCAUAUUCCAGAGUAACUUAUUGUCUGCAAAACACACUACCAAUUUGUACAAGUUUCCUCCUAGACAUUAUUGGUGGUUCUCUGCAAAUGUGCAUCCUCCCCAUUGACCUGUCAAAGUUCCAUUGUUAGCAUCAGACCUUUAAAACUAAAUUCAGCUCUUUUAUCAUUUGAACAAUUAUCAUUUGUAGACUGCAAACAAGGUCAAACAAGAAUAAAUUAUAUUGUCAUUGAUAUGAUCUUUCUUGCAGUAUUGACAUUAGUAAACUCACAUACUUUGCAGUUCAUGUCUACGCAGGAAAAAAACUAAAAAGCAGAUGGAUUGCAACAAUAGUUAUAAAUAUUUUUUAAUCAUAGUAUUCUAUCUACUGUGCAUUAUCAGUAUAAGGGGUAUACAUAGAGACAUUUUCAUUUAGAGGCGAGUUGAGAAUAUGACUUCAGGUUUUAACAUAUUUUUCAAGAGAUUGCAUGUAAUGUGUUAUCCUUAGAUUAUUUCGUAGGCUAGUCUAUAGCUACAUUCCAAUCAGUAAUAUCUAGUAGUCCCAUGUGCACUUUCCAUCCAUGCCUGUGCACAGUCACAAUAUGACCUCAUCCAGCUGCAGAAUGGCAUAGAGACAUUUAUCUUGCACGGUGUCCAUGAACCCUGCCCCACACACUCACACUGUGGCUUCCUCUUGUGCAUCUGUUACCGAUAAUGUGGGAACAGCAGUAGAUGUUGAUGCAUAGCUGCAUAAAUGCAAGACUGCACAUUCAGCAGAGACUGGCUGUGUCAGUUCAACACAUGAUCUCAGCAGAAAUUUUUUUUUUAUGGAAUUAUUUGGAAGCAACUGUGACAACAGAAAUACAUGGGAUAGAUGGUCUUGGGAUAGAUGUAGUAUGUGGAUUAUUUUAUGAUGUUUUUGGAUUUGGUGGUGCAUUCUUAAACUGUAUCAUUAAAAAAUCUGUAUUUUUAUCAUUCACUUCAGUUACUGCACUUGUCUUUGUAAAGUUGUUUGUCAAUUAUAGAAGAAAAAAUUAAAAUAAAAAAACUCGGAUUAAAAAAACAAGAUAUGUUUAACAUACAAAAGCUGCUAUGGUCAGACAGGUAAUUUGUAAUUAAUACAUGAAAUAAUAUUCUUAGUGUAGUCCAUCAUAAUGUACUUAAACCUUUUUUUUUUUUCUUUUUUUUUUUUUUACUUUGUCCAUUUCUUUGAUAAAUAUUAACACCUAAAUAUAAAGGUAGGAAGAAAUAAUAAAAAAAACUUCAGGAAGGAAAUCCAAAUAAACUCAGAAUACAGCUUUCUUCCAUGGCUAUCCAACAGAACAACCCCAGCACCACCAGAAAACGCAUGGCAAUUAAGACCAUGUAAGUAGCACAGUAGUGAGCGUAAUUUUUAUCAUUCAAACUUAGUCUAUUUUCAAUUUAUCAAUGAACCAUGUGAUAUUAAGUCUUUAAAAUGUCUUUAUCCUCAGUGUUAGAUUGUAUGCUAUUGUAUGUAAUAAUAAAUACAAAAAUAUUGCUGCUUUAUACAUGUAUAUCACUUGGAAAGAGUGCCUAGGACAAAUGCCAGUACAUAUGUAAUUUCACAAAGCAGUAUCAAAACCAAUUUCACUGCAGAAGGGCCCAUUUCUGUUCUUUUACAGUAAAUGUCUGCUUUUAUUUUCUACAAAAAAAGAAAUGUAAAUCCUGUUUUUUUCCAAUUUAAGCCAUGAAAACCUACAUUGAAUCAAGUUAAGCCUGAUGUAAAUGUCAGAAGAUAAAACAUAUUCUACUGUAAAAUCAACAGGAUCCUUUUGCUGUACCUCAUGCUUGGAAUGUUUGCUGCUUACCUAUUCAGUAUUUUAGUAAUUUAAGUCACUUAGCAAUAUACAAUGUUGUAAAUAAUAUAAUUAUUUAUUAAGAAUGUGGGUGUUUUUAUUUAUAUUUACACAGUGUUCAUCUAAGUUAUUUUUGUAUGUCUCUGAUGUAAACGUUACUUGGUGUCAUUAAAAAUUUGUGAGUUUUUUCCCCCCUCUCA